UGCUCACUCUUGAUGCUGAAGCUUACUUGCAGUGAAGGACUUGACGCUGCCACUAUACAACAAAGGGUACUCUACCUCAGCUUUCGCAGAACAAGCUGAUAAUACCUCAAGAAUUCACAGUGUACUUCGAGUAAUCCAAACUUCAGGAAAGCUUUUGGAAUUUGUGAGCCGAUUGCUCACUUUUCCAUGGUGCAGCAACAAGACGACUUUAACUUUAUUUAGCUUUAUAUAGCUUUGUUUUUUUAAGGACUCUCUGUGGACCACUUUGCCAGCAUUCAUUUGAGCUGCAUUAAUUGUUUUAAUGGCGAUGCUACAGUAACCAACAUAGUCACUGUGCAUUCUUUUUCAAGUUUAUCUAAUUAGAGAAGACUAACUCGGCAGGUGCCGGAACCAAGUUCUUUGGGAAACAACAGCAUAAUUUAGUGCCAUUAACAUUAAAGUCACAUUGUAGUGUUCUAGUUGUACAAAAGCAUGGGGUUCAGUGACCUCCUUGAGCAGGUGGGCAGCACAGGCCGCUUCCAAAUCCUGCAUGUAACCCUCCUCUGCACACCCGUCCUGAUGAUGGCCAGCCACAACCUGCUGCAAAACUUUGUGGCUGUGGUGCCUUCUCACUACUGUAGCGCUCACUCAAAUCUCUCACAGUCCCAGCUGAGCCCAGAGGAAGCUUUGCGGAUCACAGUACCACAAGACCACAGAGGGAAACCGCACAGGUGCCAGCGUUACGUUGUUCCACAGUGGCACCUCCUGGAUAAAAAUGGGACCUCCAAUCUAAGGAAGAAGGGAAACAGUGUGGAUGAUCUGGAUGCUGACCUGCAAGGAUGCAUAGAUGGCUGGACGUACAACAUGACUGACAGGAGCUCCACAAUCAUAUCUGAUUGGCAUUUAGUGUGUGACCUGCACUCUUUGAAGCAAAUGGGACAAACCAUCUACAUGGGAGGCGUGCUUGUGGGAGCGGUUCUCUUUGGAACCCUUGCAGACAAAUAUGGUCGACGUAUCCUCCUGCUUAUGUCUUACCUUCUGAUGGCGGUCUUUGGAACAUGUGCUGCAUUUUCUCCUUCCUUCCCUCUGUUCUCCUUUUUCCGGUUUGGUUGUGGCAUGGCUCUAUCUGGCAUAGCACUCAACAGCUUGUCCCUCAUUGUUGAGUGGAUCCCCACUCGUGUGAGAACUGUGGUGGGCACGAUAACUGGCUACUGUUACACACUGGGCCAGCUGAUCCUGGCAUUGAUGGCCUACUAUAUCCGGGACUGGAGGUGGUUAACCCUGGCUGUGUCUUUGCCUUUCUAUGUGUUCUUCCUCUACGCAUGGUGGUUUCAUGAAUCCGCAAGAUGGCUGGCCUUAAAGAAUAAGCCUGAUCAGGCGAUCAAGGGACUUAAAAGUGUGGCUAAGUUUAACGGACGGUGUGAUGAGGGAGACAAAAUUGACAUUAAGAUGCUCCAGGAGUCCAUGAAGAAUGAGCUGUCCAUGUCAAAGGGCUCCUACACUGCCUUGGAUCUGCUCCGCACACCCUACAUGAGGAUUAGCACAGUCUGUCUGGCAGCUGUCUGGUUAUCCACCAGCCUUGCCUACUACGCCCUUUCCAUGGAUCUGCAAAAGUUUGGAGUGGAUAUUUACCUGAUACAAGUGAUCUUUGGAGCUGUUGACAUACCAGCUAAAAUCAUCAUCACUGUGACUAUGAGUUAUAUAGGGCGCCGGCCGUCGCAGUGUGGUGCUCUCAUCAUCGCUGGGGUCACUAUCUUGAUCAACCUGCUGGUACCUUAUGAUCAACAAACUCUGCGGACCUCUCUGGCUGUUGUGGGUAAAGGUUGUCUUGCUGCAUCUUUCAUCUGCUGUUACCUUUACACUGGAGAACUGUACCCAACCAUUAUUCGUCAGAAUGGCAUGGGAUUGGUGUCCAGUAUGGCACGUGUAGGAGCUAUGGUGGCCCCCUUGGUGCGCCUCAUGGGAGACUACAUACCUUGGCUACCAGGUUUAAUCUAUGGAGGGGCGCCAAUCCUCAGUGGGGUUGCUGCUAUCUUUCUUCCAGAAACGCUUGGCACACCCCUUCCCGACACAAUACAAGAUGUGGAGGAGAGGGGAUCUGGGAAACGCUCCAAAAUGUCACCAAAGGAAACAAUAAUCUUGGAAGACACCGGGGCAAACCUCCUAAAGCCUGUUGCCUGAGGGCAUUUGUGUUGUAUUUCUGAUGUUUUUGUACUCCACAUGUUAAUGAAAGUAGAGUGAGUGCUACUUUUAUCUCUUCUCUGUUCAUUUGAUUUCCACAAAGUAGUUGGUUCACCUUAUGAUUGCUGGAUGAAUGUUUUUUCUUUCUUUUUGUGAACAAAUGUGUUAAAUCCGAAGAGAACACCACCAUGAAAAGAACACUGUGGACAAUCAGACCUGUUUAUCUGACAAUCAGUAGAUUUCAGGAUCUUAAUCUUACUUUGUACAUGUCAUUAUUAUUAUUUUUAUUUGUAUUUUGAAUGUGUAGAGCGAUUUCUUUAUUUGAGCCUUUCACAGGUUAAAGACGGCUUCCACUGGUAUCUUUAUUGUUCUAUACACAUUGGCAAAUGUGUAUAGAACAUUUGCCCGUAUUGGCAAACAAUUGUCAUAUUUUCUUUUAAAUCAAGACUUCUCAUAAUCCUUUUUAAAUCUUCAAAGUCUGUCUUUUUUUAUGAACA